AUGAACCGAGUCCAGAGCCUGCCCUCGGCCUCGGCCCCUGUGGUCACCGCCUGGGUGAAGCCAGGAGGCUGGGCAGGGCGGGGAGGGGGGAACGGGCACGGCCCUGCCCAGCUGCCCCUGCAGUGCCACGAACUCAGUGCCUUCUUCAGCCUUCUAGAGGACAGCCUCCUCCAGGAGUUUCUUGCCACAGACCUGUGCUACCGCAUCUCCGAUAAGUAUCUUCUGGCAAUGACCCUGGUGUACUUCCAGCGGGCCGGCCUGCAGCUCUCCGAAUACACCCAAGGCAACUUCUUCCUGGCCCUGUACCUCGCCAACGACAUGGAGGAGGACGGCGAAGACCCCAAGUACGAGAUCUUCCCUUGGGCCUUGGGCGAGAGCUGGCGGCAGCUGGUGCCCAGCUUCCUGCGCCAGAGAGACGGGCUGUGGGCCCGCAUGGGGUACCGGGCCGCCGUGAGCCAGCGUUGCUGUGAGGAGGUCAUGGUGAAGGAGCCCAACCAUUGGGCCUGGACGCGGGAGCGGCCUCCUCACCACGGCGGGGCCCAACGGGGGGCACCUUGGGGGGAGUUGCCCCCCGUUGGGAGGUUGCCCCGUGGCCCCGGCCUGUCGCCACCGGGCUGCUGUCUGUGUGGCAGUGGUCCCCAGGCGGGGAAGGGGGGCUCCCCCAAGCCCCCCGAGUCCAGCCCUCCUCUCCUCCCUGCCGCGGCCCCCUGGCCCUCCAACCUCUUCUUCGUGCUUCCCCCAACGUUGCAGCUGGAGCCGGGGGUCUACUACACCUUUCAGAUCUCGCUGGAACCCUCCGCCUCUCCCGGACAUUGGCAGUCGGCAGGGUGAGGAGCGGCAGCCUCCUGUCCCAGAUGCCCGUUGUGACGCUGGACCCCUUCCCAUCCUUCCUCCUGGGCCUCAGAGCGGCACUGGUGCCCUCCUAGCCCCCCGUUUCUCCGCAGAUUGGCAUCACCCUGCAUGUGGGGCCCAGCCUCUGCGGUGCCCUGGCUAAUUCUUAUUAAACAGAUGCCCAGUGCA